UUUUUUUACACCCGUCUAACUCCACCCUUCCAUUCUUGGGUUGGCUUUUCUUUUGCAUUAUUCUAUAUUUAAUAUUAAUGAGGGUUCCUAUUGGUUCUUACCCGUAUCAAUCGGAAUAGAGCACUUUUGUAGGUUGGUUGACCCUCUUGUAUAUUACAUUACGCGGAGCUAAGGCAGAAAGUAAAAUGUUGCAGAUGCACAGCAAUGGGACAGGCUGCAUGAGGAAUGCGACGCAUUAGUUAUAAAUACAGUAUAAACCAGCUGCACAUAGACGUCUGGAGUCUACACAGUUUGCCAUAAUAUUGGAUUCUUGAGUUCUUCAUAGAUUGCCAGCUUUCAGCCUCCCCAUGCCUCCAUCUCCUCUAGACGACAGAAUUGUGGUGGCACUGCCAAGGCCAAUCAGACCUCAGGAACUCAAACUUUGCCUGGACACUAGCUACCUGGAUUCUGUCACCACCACUACCACCAGUAAAACAGUCAUCAGCACAACUGUGGUGAAGAUAAGGGCGACCAAUCUUACUUAUAUGCCCUCAUCCAACGGCUCUACGCGUUCGUUGUCGUGUGGAUGCAGCAGCGCCAGCUGUUGCACGGUGACCACUUACGAGAAAGACAGCCAGACCCAGAGCCAAGUCAGUGUCAGUAGCCCCAACCUGAGCUCAGGAGUCUGUUUCUCUGGGCCCACCAACCAAAUGGUCAACAACAAUGAGGCACUAAGUGCACCAACUGGCAUUGGAAGCCCAACAUCUGGCUUGGGUAAACCCCUGUCCCCUGUCCGGGUCAUCUACCCCAAUGAGCUGGCUAAGAGGAUGACCAGAUGCCCCAAAGGCCACCAGGGAAGCCCAGGUACAGUCAUCAUCGACUGCCGGCCGUUCAUGGAGUACAAUAAGAGUCACAUUCAAGGGGCAGUGCAUAUCAACUGCUCGGACAAAAUCAGCCGACGGAGGCUUCAGCAAGGAAAGAUCACUGUGUUGGACCUGAUCUCUUGUAGAGAAGGCAAGGACUCCUUCAAAAGGAUUUUUUCUAAGGAGAUUGUGGUUUACGAUGAGAAUACCAAUGAACCAAGCAGGGUGAUGCCAUCCCAGCCUUUACAUGUAGUCCUGGAAUCAUUGAAGAGAGAAGGAAAAGACCCCCUGGUUUUGAAAGGUGGGCUCAGCAGUUUCAGGCAGAACCAUGAGAACCUGUGUGACAACUCCCUGCAGCUGCAUGAGCGCCUGGACGCCGGUGGGGCCUCGGCUGUGUCGGGAGGAAUACCCCACUCGCUGCCUUCCACCCCCGACAUCGAGAAUGCGGAGCUCACCCCCAUCCUUCCCUUCCUCUACCUGGGGAAUGAGCAUGAUGCUCAGGACCUGGAGAAGAUGCAGAGGCUGAACAUCGGCUACAUCAUCAACGUCACCACUCACCUGCCUCUCUACCACUAUGAGAAAGGUCUCUUCAACUACAAGCGGCUGCCCGCCACUGAUAGCAACAAGCAGAACCUCAGGCAGUACUUUGAAGAGGCGUUUGAAUUCAUCGAGGAAGCACACCAGAGCAGAAAGGGGCUCCUCAUUCACUGCCAAGCUGGUGUUUCCCGAUCAGCCACCAUUGUAAUAGCGUACUUGAUGAAGCACACACGGAUGACUAUGACGGAUGCAUACAAGUUUGUUAAGACAAGGAGACCAAUUAUAUCUCCAAAUCUCAACUUCAUGGGACAGCUGUUGGAGUUUGAAGAAGAUCUCAACAAUGGUGUUACUCCCAGAAUCCUUACGCCAAAGCUGAUAGGAGUAGAGACAAUUGUCUAAAUGAGGGGGUGGUCAUUUCCAGUUGGCAUACUCUGUGGCAGGAAUAUGCUGCAGGAUCUCUUGUCAGCACUUUCAGGGCACUUUGAACUUUGGUGCUUCAGAGAGAGGUUUCACAAACUUCAAGGACAGAGAUUGGAUAAAUGGCAGUGGCUCUUUCGAUUAAAGGGAAAUGGGUUUGUAGUUGGUAGGAAAUGUAUCCUACUAUUGUUUUGAACUGUCCAAUAACUGGGAAUACAAAUGACACUGUAGAGAACUAGUUGUCCUGAGUGUGGCUGUCUGUGCAGGUUCAUAGACAGAAGAAUAUGCAAACCUAGAUACUCACGUUUCUUCAUUUCAGCAGUGAGGCUGCCCUGUGUUUCCUUACUGCAUCCUAUGGCCACAAAUUUGUGUGGGCACAACAAAGAAGGCAAACCUAUGUGAUUGAACACGCAGUGUAUGAGAGACUUCUUUAUUUGCUGUGUUUAUGCUAUUGUCCUAUUUUCUAUGGGGUUCAGACACUUUGGGGAACAGACCAUUACUUGCCCUCUGUGGCUUACUGUGCAAUAAUUGUAGAGUGGAGCUGAAGUUAAAUUGUAAAUAGAGUGGUAACCCUUCCAGCUCAGUGGUAAUUUAAAACAAGUAACGAAAAAUCAUUUUUUGUUGGUUUUGUUUUAAUUCUGAAUACAGUGCCACAAAACUGGUGCAAAUGUAUAUCAGAAUGUAAGAAAAAAUGCCACAGCGUAUUAGUGUGUUACUGUUGUCUGUGUAUAAUUUCCUUUUGUUUAUUCUAUAAAAAAACAUGAAACCAUUCAAAUUUGUCUGUGUAUUUCAGUAAUUUCACAAAUUAAGUCUUCUUCAUAUACAUGAUCAUUGAAACCUGUGCUCAAUGUUUGAUUCCUUUUCAUGCAUUUGUUAGUGCAGUGUGUGCUAGCAGUAUUGUCAGAUUGUGUCUGAAUUAUAGAAGUGUGUCCAUUAAAGUUCAUGCAUGUCUCUUCAAAAUAUCUUUAAAAAAGUUGGAUUAUAGCUGGAUUACCAGAACAAUCACCAAAUGUUGAAAUCAAACCCUUAACUUGUAAAGAAAGAUACACUAGAAGUAAAGGCUGUAGUUUCUAGUUCAUCUGUCCCUAGUGGAUUUUAUGUUAUGCUUUCUAGUUCUUAUUUUGUCCUUUAUUUUUAUUUUUCUAGUACUUCAAAUCUCUUUUCCAGAGCUGUUCCUUUGAUUGUAUUAGAUCUGCAAUAAUUAAUUUGAGAUACUUCAACUGUUAGGAGGCUAUGAGUGCACCCCUGCAUGUGUGAUUGUCUUAUUUUUGGACAAGUGUGGUAAUUUAUGACACCUGUAUUCUAUUUUUAAUAUGUAAAGAUAAAGCAGCAAAACAGGCCUUUAGGAAAUCUUACUUUGUGGUUGACAGCUUGUUGCAGCACACAGAAAUAUUACUUUUCUGAGAAUAAUAUUCCCUAGGUAUAAUGCAGUUUUAUUAUAUUAAUUCAUUUAUAGGGUAUGCAGCCUUUUUUCGGUUGCAAUGGUAAAUUGUUCUAUUUGUGCAACAGUGGUGUACAGAAUGUCUAGAGACUAUUAUAGCUUACUGAGGAACACAUUCUAUUGCUUUGACCCCACUUCUUGGGUGCAUUAAGACCCCUUGAAACACCUGAUGGUGCCAAAUCUACUUGAAAAUCCUUUGUAGCUGAAAUGUGUUAGGGAUAUCUCUACUCUAGUAAUUUCCAGAGAAAUAACAUGAAGGUUAUUUUAAAUCCAUAAAAUGCAAGACAGUUUUAAUUCUACAUGUUGAAAAUUGGAAUAAAGUUGUAAUAGUCGCACUUCAGAACAUUUUAACUUGGAAAAUCAUCACUACGCACAGAGUGAUGUAAAUAACUGAUGACAGUUUCAUUCUGUGGAUAAUUCCACUGACAAGCAACUGUGAUACAGUAGAUGUGAAAUUCGAAGUGAGCUUUUCUACUUAAAUUAAGAUGGAAAAUAAUGUUAUAAAGGAUAAUCUUUGCUUCAAACCAUUUACAAUUACAUAAACUAAUGGCCUCAAUUUCAAAGGAAUUAUUAAUAUCACAGAAUCAGCAUCCUGAUAUUUAGAAGUUAUUCUUUUAAUGAUAUUGACUAAACAUGGGUUGCUAUUUGUCCAUAUAAUGCAUAUGAAUUGCAGCUGAAUAGCUCAUUAUUUUAAAGAGCUUUAAAUUGAAGUCAUAAAAGGAAAAAAAGGUAUAACCUAAGCCAACUAGUUAGUUUAUAUAUUCUAUCCUGUAAAAAUUAAGGUCACUUAAAAUGUAAAGAUAAUUUAUUUGGAAAUUAAAUAUAUGCUAUGGAUAGACUGAGAAUUCUGUACAUUUACUGUUGCAUGUUUCUUGAAGACUAUUUAAAUGUUUAAAAUUAAAGGGUCGCCAGAGUAUAAGGAAACAGUCAUACUUUGAUGAAUAAUUUAGUUUUUAAAUGAGAAUCAGUGGAAAAGCAAAUGGACUUGUAGAGAAACUGCCCCCCAGCACACACAUGACUCUAGGAAAAGAAGAGGACUACUGUACAUUCUUGCUCAGAAAAAUAAUGGGAUCGUACUGUACAUUCUGUCUCAGAAAAAGAAUGGGAUCGUAGUCACCUGAGCUAGGAUAUACUGUACUGCUGUUUAAUACAGUGGAUGCUCUCAGUCAAAUGUAAGAACUUCUUGCACGAGGCUUCAUCAUUGUUUUCUCAGGGUGUUGUUCAUGAGGAUGUGUUGAUGUGAUUCAACAUGUCUUUCAAAAGCACACCAGCAGUGCGUAGUAUGGUUAACACCAAGGCAGCUUUGCAGAUCCAUCCAUCCUGGUGUUUUCCUGUUCUCUCAGAAGCCUGCCUGGUGUUUAGGGAGCUAGGAAGGAAGAAUUAGGAAAUUAAGAAUGUUAUAAAACAGGACUUGGCGGUUGUGACCGUCAAAGGAUGGGUAGAAUGAAAUCCUUUGGUGUAUGUGAAAACAGUUACUUGCUCUCUGCGAACGACAUGGAGAUAAGCGUAAUUAUCCCUUCACAUACUGUAGCUGAACUGCCAUGACUGCUGCAUUCCCUUUUCGAGAACAGAAUUGGGAAAUGAACAGGUGCUUUCCAUACAUAAUCCACAUCAUGUAUCACUUGGCCAACUGAAAUGUGAUUUAUUACUGAAGAGAACAAAGCUCUUCCCCUGCUCUGAGGACCCUGUUUGAUAGACCCUUGUUUUGUUGGCUGGCUACAAGGAGACAGACUGGUUGUUGAGUGUGGAUUCUGUGUUCAUGUACUGAUCACUAAUUGUAUACACUGACAAAGAACUUCAGUGGAAGUUAUGAGGUUCUGACAGAGCUCUGCACCAGCCACCUGUUGGGUUUUCAUGCUAUAAGGAUUAUACCUCUCAUUCAUUAUAGUGGCUGGCUGUAGAUUACUUAGUUUCCAGCCUCUUGGGAAUGAUCCUAAUGUCUUUAGAUCACACUUAGUUGACUCUAAAUUUACACUAACCAAACUUAUCAUUUGACAGAUGGGCAUGUAUGAAUUCUUUGAUAAUAAUUAAUAAUUUUUGAAAGAGACAUUUUCUCACCAUGACAGAGCUUUACAGCAUGAAAACAACCCACAGAUAAAGUGCAUUAGGUGUAGAUGAGAUUCUUUAUUGUUCUUAUGGUGUGAAUCCCAUCCUCAGCUCACAGAGACUACUUUACCAUGUUGACCCUUUAAUUUUCGUGUGGGUGGUGUGUAUGAUAUGCUUAUUUGUUAUUAAGAUGAUUUUUUAAAGAAAUUGUUUAACUUUCUAUGCAUACUACAUCUAUAUUUUUGCUCUGGCAUACAAACAUCAGGAUUUAUUUUCACUAAGGUGCUAUUAUAUUGGAGGCCUUUCACACCUUUUGCAUGAAGUAAGUACUCUAUAUUUUUUCAAGAGAUGUAUUUAUUCCAAAAACUCUGUUAAGGGAUAAGUACACUUACAGUAAUUUUGUAGUUCUUGACCUUAAACAUACUUUGUCAAACUUGAAAUAAACAGAUGGAAAAAGGCACAAUAUUAAACUAUGGUAUUAUCUUGUUCAA